AUUUCUCAUGGGGAGACGAGAAGAGAGGUCGCAUAUAAAUAGUUAAGCCUGCAGUUAGGAAAAUUUAAUGGUUGGAUAGAAGGGAGGCAGCCAACUCCUGAAGUAAAGAGAACAUAUAGAAAAAAUGGGAAGGUCUCCCUGUUGUGAUGAGAGUGGCCUCAAGAAAGGUCCCUGGACCCCUGAAGAAGAUCAAAUACUUGUCAAAUACAUCCAGAAACACGGCCAUGGCAGCUGGAGGGCCCUCCCCAAGCUUGCUGGUCUUAACAGAUGUGGAAAGAGUUGCAGAUUAAGGUGGACAAACUAUUUGAGGCCAGACGUCAAGAGAGGAAAAUUUUCCCAGGAAGAAGAACAAACGAUUCUCAAUCUCCAUUCAGUUCUUGGCAACAAAUGGUCAGCAAUUGCCAGCCACCUGCCGGGACGGACAGAUAAUGAAAUCAAGAAUUUCUGGAAUACCCAUCUCAAGAAAAAGCUUAUUCAGAUGGGUUUUGAUCCUGUGACUCACAGGCCACGAACCAAUAUCUUCUCAAACUUGCCUCAUCUUAUAGCCCUGGCUAAUCUAAAGGAGCUCAUAGAUCACCACUCAGUGGAAGAACAUGCAGUGAGAUUGCAAGCAGAAGCUGUCCAAAUGGCUGGAUUCCAGUACUUGCAAUAUCUCCUUCAACCUCAAUCUCAACCUCACCCUCCAGCUUCUGUUGUCACUAGCUCAAACUAUGUAGCCAAUGGCAGCAGUGGUUUCAGUGACAUGGAAACUUCUAAUCUUUUGAAUUCACUUGCUUCAAUCAAUGACGGCCCAGUUUCAAGUUCACUUGCUCUUCCAGGGCUAAGUGAUUCUAUCUCUUUCUCUCAUUUACCUGACUUACAAAUCCCUUGCAGCUAUCAAACACCACUGAGCAAGAACAACUCGACUGAUAAAGCUAAUCAUCCUGAGUUUACAGUGUUCAGCCAAGGAGCUCAGAACUCUCCAAAGUCUCCAUGGCUUCCUUCAUCUUCAUCAACUCCAUCUCCUCCAUCCACUGGUGCUCCGACUCUAACGCAGACUACCAUGUGGGAGGCUUCUAGCAGUUCUUCAAGCUUUGGAGGGGAAGCUUCUACAAUUUGGCAAGGCCUUCUCCUUGAAGACUCUUUGUUUAAAGCGAUUGCUUAGCUUUUUCUAGAUUUUUCUUUUUAAUUUUAGCAUUUUUGAGAUGUGUGUGAAAAAGUUUGGAGUUAUAUAAUUUGCACCACCACCUUCACUGUAAUAUUCUGAACAUUUUUCUGUAAAUAUACUGUUCACUAUAUGUAUAAAUAAGUAGAUA